AUGAAAGGGGCAAAGCGCCGCUGGGCUGAUGAUUCGCCUGUGCAAGAUUUGAGUGUCCACGCGGUAGAUGGUCAUUCCAGAAUUUCGCGUGUUAUAGCCAAGAGUGAUUGCUAUUUGAACAUAUUGACCGAGCCGUGAUUCACUUGACUGAGACGGUUGAGCGCAAGCAUCCCAGCAAGCAUCGCGUCUACGCGUACAUACAAAUGUCAAGCCGGAUGAUAUCGCUCGCACCACGUUCCUGCUGACGCCGGGAGGCGGUGCUAUUCGGCGAGCUUUGAGCGGGGUGGAUGCUGCGAAUGCUAGACUAUCGCUCUUGAUGACUGUGACUCCUCACAAUGCCCGAGCUCUGCAUUUCAACGACCGCUCCUAA